UAGGACGCGAAGCGGAGCAGACGCUGCGCUACAAAGACGCUAGCCAGCGAAGGGAGCAGGCCCGAUGGGGAAGAAAACUCGACUUACAGGUGGGGCAGUCGGUCGGAGAACUAUUCUACAGCUUUCACCUCCCGGGCUCCGCAGUGGGAAUGCCGGAGAGAGGGAAGAAGCACCCUCGGGAUCUGAUGACGAGCCGGAGAGCGAUGUACACAGAUUCCUGAAAGAGAGACAGCAAAUCAUGAAGACUCCCGCAGCAAAGGCCACAGAGGGUUUGUCCCUGCUGGGAGCCUACGAGGACAGUGAUGAAGAGGAUGCUGGAGACGCUCAGCGUUCAACUGUAAAUUCUCAACACAACCAGUCGACUGACAUUGACAGUACACUGGCAAAUUUCAUGGCUGAAAUUGAUGCAAUUACCACUCAGCCAAAUGCAGAUGAUGCAACAUCUCAUCCUUCAGCCCCGGGCACCAUUCCGCCCAGACCUGGGGUCGAUACUCAGCAGCCAUCUGCCAGCGAAGGACAGAAUCAACAAAGCACUGAUUUUGAGUACAAUACUCAGUGUUCACUAGCUGGAGUGGAUGUUGAGAUGGGAGACUGGCAGGAGGUGUGGGAUGAUAACUCUGGUUGCUAUUACUACUGGAACACUGUGACCAACGAGGUGUCCUGGGAGCUGCCACACUAUCUAGCUGAUCAGGUGCAAAGCCUUGGGCAGUGUGCCAACAGCUCAAGUGUUAAUGGCAAUGGCACAGCCCAUGGAGGUUUUUAUAAAGAGGAAAACUCUGCAUCUGCCGCAGCUCCGACAUCAAUAAAGGAGACUACUGUGAAGGAGGUAAUCGAGAGUGUUGUAGGACUCACGAGUGAAGAGGAGGAGCGACGUGGAGUGGCUGCAUGUCUCCUUGGUCCACUGAUCUCCUCUGAAGUAAAAGAAGCAGAAGAAAAAUGGAGAAAAAGACUGCUCAAAGGUUUAGAUGAGACAGAGAAUAGUUUGGAUUCUGAUGGAGAGGGCGUACGUCCAGCAGGAUCCCCAUCUACCCCGCUGCGUGAACCAGACUCUGUUCCCACUGUCCAGAAAGAUAUUAAUGCCAAGAAGCAGUCGGGAGACAACUCUGAUGCUGAGGAAGAGACGGAGGAAGACACGGUGGAGCUGGAACUGGCUCUGGAGAGGAAAAAGGCUGAGCUCCGGGCACUGGAGGAGGGUGAUGGGAGCACCGGGGGUUCCAGCCCAUCUUCCGAGGCCAGUCAAGAAGCCUCUGGUUCUCGCGCUAUUCUACUCAAGAAAAACCGGUGGAAGACGGCCUUCCCCUCUGCUGCCAGCCCCGACUCUAACAGCAGAGGCUCAGACCUACAGGACAACACAGAGACCACACUUCCUAAAGUCCUGGAGAAUGUUGCAGAAGAAGAAGAAGAAAAUGAAAAGGAAAUGGAUGAUUCUGACGAGAAAGCGAUUUCAAAACCACCUGUAAAAGAAGAAUCUGAAACAACCGAGCUCAAAGUGGAAACGCCCGAGCUCAAGUUUCAGAUUGGAGAAUUGGCAAACACCUUGACCAGCAAGAUGGAGUUCCUGGGGAUAAACAAAAAAACAAUCUCAAACUUCCAGCUGCUUCUGCUACAAACUGAGACACGAAUCGCUGACUGGAGGGAGGGCGCUCUGAACGGGGUCUAUCUUCGCCGCAGGCUGCAGGAAGCUGCCGAACACAUAAAAUAUUACGAACUUAACGCCGCCCCUAAAGGCUGGUCCUGCCACUGGGACAGAGAGCACAGGCGGUAUUUCUAUGUGAAGGACCGGACCGGGGCCUCGCAGUGGGAUUUCCCAACAGAAGAGGAGCAGGAGGAGGAGCUGAAAGGUGGCCAAGGUACUCCGACACAGACCUCCAGUCAAGGGGAUACUAAAGCAUCAUCUGCAUCUGCUGGUGGGAUCACAGGAUCUUCUCUUGCUCCUGCUGCCCCACCAGUACCCCCCCAACCCAGUGCAUUCUGGUCCCCAUCGCAACCUCCUCCUCCUCCCGAUAGCCCGCCUCCACCUCCCCACUGCCCACCGCCGCCACCUCUCCCCCCAGGCUCGCCUCCUCCACCUCCUCCUCCACCUGACAGCGAUGGAGAGAUCAUGGAGGUGGAGAUGGAGAUGGACGAUGAUAACGACUGUGAGCCCCCGGCCCCUGGAACUGAGGAAGAUGGCAGCGGGAGGCCCCCGUUACCUCCAGGCACUGCUAGCAUUAAGAUUGCAGAGUCAUCUGGCCCAUUGGGGAAGGGUCAGAAACGUAAAGCCGGUCAGCUGAAUAAAGCCUUUAUUGGCAGCAGUCCUAUUAUUUACACGCAGCCUGUUGCCAGUGCAGCUCCUCUGAUGACAGCAGCCGCCUACUGGGGCAUGCCGGCUGUCGCCGCUCCCUUGGUUCCUUGUGAGCCUCCGGCUCCGCCCCUCCCUGCCCUACCUCCUCUACCACCUCUGCCACCGUCGCAGCCUCCCUCUGAACCUCCCGGGCCCAAAGCUCUGCCCACAGACAAGACCAAGAAAGCCAAAAAGGAUAAGACAAAAAAGAGUAAGACCAAAAUGCCGUCUCUGGUGAAGAAGUGGCAGAGCAUCCAGAAAGAGUUGGACGAGGAAGAGAAGAGCAGUUCCAGCGAUGAGGACAGAGACCAGCUUAACAAAAAGGGGAUCGAGGAUUGGAAACAACAGCAGCUUGUGACAGGAAAAGCGUCAAAGAAUGCCAACUUCGAGGCGCUUCCUGAUGACUGGCGGGCCCGACUGAAGAAACGGAAGAUGAACAGCACGUAACAUCUGGCCAGGCUCAUACGCCAGUCGCUCAACUUUUGUUCUUCUUUUUUCAAAUCCACCCCUACCACUACCAUACGGUCCUCCUUCCCAAGUUCUAGUUUUGUUCAAUGAUCCGUGGACUUUUUCUACCAUUUUUCCUUGUUCGUGUGGAGACGGGCCGGUCACCUGAGGGGAUUUUAAAUGUCCUUUAUUUGUUGUUUUUGUUUCAACAACUGUGCCAAGAGUCUUGACAUAAUUCUUAAUGAAUUCUCCACCACCAUGCAGAUGGCCGCCACCGCCCUUGUUUGGAGGGAUCGUCUAUUUUAUUGAGCAUUUUUACAACUGUGUACAUAAAAUGUGUAAUCGGUUAAGUCGUGUUUUUGGAGGGAAGAGUGAAUGUUACUGAACGUGUAUAUUUUGUAAAAAGUUAUUAAAACGUUUUUUUU